AUGUCAGCAACAACAACAACAACAUCAUUUAGAUUUAAUAAAAAUCAUUGGAAAGAUUUUAAUGAACAAGAUUUAAAAGUGAUUGAAAAGGAAAGAAAUGAUCGUGGAGUUAUUCAACAAGAUACAACAAAACAUCAAUAUGGUAAAAUAUGUGCAGCCUGUAUUAAACCAAAUGCAGUUCAUGUUGAUUUUUGUACAGGAUGUUCAUUUCCACUUGUUCCACAAGAUAUUCAACAAUUACCUGAUAAUGUUUUUCUUGAUAUUUUAACAGGAAAGAAUACUAGUACUCCAAUUUUAUUUAGAGAUGAUAAUAUUUGUUUAUUUAAUGAUAAAUUUGGUGUAUCAGUUCAUGAUGAUCACAUUGAUGUCAUUCCAACUGCUGUUUAUGAAGAUGUUACUUGUUUAAAUGCUUCUCAUAUUUCACUUUUAGAAGAUUUAUUUAAUGCUGGUGUUCAAGAAUUUAAAAAGAGAGAUUUAUCUAGAUUUGGUGAAAAUUUCAAUGUUGAACAGAAUGUUGUUGCUGGUUAUAACUUUCCAGUUAGUGUUAAACAUUUACAUUUACAUAUGGUUUUACCUCCAUGUAAGUAA